AUGCCAAGUGAAAGACUGAAAGACAGGAUGGCACGCUUCAAUGCCGAUGAAGAAUCGAAAUUGGACAACAAUAAUAACCGUUCGAAAUCGGCGAAUAGAAACCAUAGUAACUGUACCACCAACCACACAGGCAACCACAAAAACAGCAGUGCUAAAUAUUUCAGCUACCGACAGAAUAUGCGCAAGAACACAUCACAACACACAGCGCUAUCUGGAAUGUAUAGCGGUCCAGAACAAGUGCAGCCCACUAGAUGCACUUCAAAGCUAUCCACCCACUGCCCUUUCCGUUUCGACGACCGCAUUGAAAAUGAAAGCAAUUCAUCUAGAUCCAGUUGUGGUAAAAACGCUGAAAUUCACAACAAUAUCAAAGAUGGAGGUUUAAGUUGUACAUUGCUGUACGACGAUGGUCGGCGAAUCGUGAGCAGCCGCCCCGAGAAAAUUUCUGCAGUCACAAAGAUCUCUGAAGAACAUUCACUCGAUAACAUUAUCAGGGAGGAAACAGUUGAUGACGUGCAAGGACAUGUGGCAACCUUCAACUGUGACAUCAACAACAAUGACAUCAACAGGCAAACAACUGAUCAUAACUUGAAUAACCAAAUGAAAGAUUCGAAUAUUUUUUUGAAAAAUUUUAAGAAUCAUCAAGAAUCAGUAAGAAGUUAUCAGCAAGUAUCUUUGUUAAAGUUGCGUCAGUCUGCACAUUCACAACAAACAUUCAACAAAACUAAGAACAAUUUUUUCAAACCGAAACAAAAUUUUACUGAAACAACUGACAACCAUGUUGACGACAAUGUCACCAACAAUGACAUUAAGAACACUGGAUACAAACCAAAACACGCACCAGCUAAAAAUUACUAUUUUCCACAAAGUAGACCAGAAACUAAGCAAAUCAAUUCAGUCAACAAAUUUUAUUCAAAAUCUUCUUUGGGAAAACAAAGUCGUUUCAACUUUGACGUCAGAGAUAGCAUUAAAAAUAAAAAUAACAAUAACUUUAACGAUAGGAACAAUAACGUAUAUAUCAACAACAACAACAAUAAUAAUUACACGAGGUUUGGUGCCAGAACCAAAACGAUGACAGAAAAGAAAUUGAGCGAAGAACUGAUAGUCAAGUAUCUGGAUCUCAAUUCUCACGAAGAAAACAGGGACGAGUUGAUCCUGGUCUGGCUGUCUGAGGUGGGCAUGCUGGCAGAGGCUCCCCCCUCCUGCCACUCCAUCAUCGAACAUUCAUCCUCUAAUGCCAGCUAUCACGUGAUACAUCAAGAUGAUGACGACGAAGUUGGCGAAGAUGGUGAUGGGGAGAAAAAAUAUGCUGCAGUUAGUCAAAAUAAAGUGAACGAUGAUUCAAAGCUUAGUGAUAGUAAGGCUGAUAAUAAACACGUUGGACCCGAGGCCUGUGUCCUGGAAGAUUGGUGA